AUGCUACUGGCUUCCUCCUCCACACCUACCCAGGCUCCUUCUCUGCCUAAUACUCGUAUAACUAAACUUAUCCGAACGCGUAGUAGUGUUCGGAUGGGUAAUUCAGAACUAACCCAGUACCAAGAGAACCAACCCAGUAUUACCACCACCAAGAGAACCAACCCAGUAUUACCAACACCAAGAGAGCAACCCAGUAUUACCAACCACCAGAGAACCAACCCAGUAUUACCAGCAGAGACCAGCAGUAUUACCAACACCAAGAGAACCAGCGGUAUUGCCAACACCAAGAGAACCAACCCAGUAUUACCAACACCAAGAACCAACCCAGUAUUACCAACACCAAGAACUAACAGUAUUACCACCACCAAGAGAACCAGCAGUAUUACCAACACCAGAGAACCAACCAGCCAGCAGUACCAACACCAAGAACCAGCAGUAUUACCAACACCAAGAGGCCAGCCCAGUAUUACCACACCAAGAGAACCAGCCCAGUAUUACCAACACCAGAGAACCAACCCAGUAUUACCAGCACCAAGAGAACCAGCAGUAUUACCAACACCAAGAGAACCAACAGUAUUACCAACACCAAGAGAGCCAACCAGUAUUCCCAACACCAAGGAAGAGCCAACCCAGUAUUACCAACACCAAGAGAACCAGCCAGUAUUACCAACACAGAACCAGCCCAGUAUUACCAACACCAAGAGAACCAGCAGUAUUACCACCACCAGAGACCAACCCAGUAUUCCAACACCAGAGGCCAGCAGUAUUACCAACACCAAGAGAACCAACAGUAUUACCAGCACCAGAACCAACAGUAUUACCAACACCAGAGAACUAACCAGUAUUACCACCAAGAGACCAACCAGUAUUACCAACACCAAGAGAACCAACCGGUAUUACCAACACCAGAACCCAGCGUAUUACCACCACCAAGAACCAGCAGUAUUACCAACACCAAGAGAACCAACCCAGUAUUACCAACACCAAGAGCCAACCCAGUAUUACCACCACCAAAGAACCAACAGUAUUACCACCAAGAGAACCAACCCAGUAUUACCACCACCAAGAACCAACGUAUUACCAACACAGAGCCAACCCAGUAUUACCACCACAAGAACCAGCAGUAUUACCAACACCAAGAGACUAACCCAGUAUUACCACCACCAGAAACCAACAGUAUUACCACCACCAGAGAACCAACCCAGUAUUACCAACACCAAGAGAACCAACAGUAUUACCACCACCGAGAACAGCAGUAUUAACACCAAAGGUGUAUUACCACCACCAAGAACCAACCCAGUAUUACCACCACAAGAGACAGCAGUAUUUGCCACCACCAGAGAACCAGCAGUAUUACCAACACCAAGAGAACCAACCCAGUAUUACCAACACCAAGAAAACCAGCAGUAUUACCAACACCCUCCUGAAUCAUAA